GAAUCAAUUUUCCCAAAAUGACCCUCUUUUUGUUUUUGUACUCUUCUGAGUAACUCAUAAAUAAGCCACUACCUUGUGCCACAGUUUCAUAACAGCUUUAAUUCAAACUUUCAAAUACUCCAUUCUUUCUCUCUUCUUCCCUGCUUCUUCUUCUGGAUCCUUCCAACAACAGUGUUAGCUGAUUUAACUCCUUCAAUAUAUAGCCAUUGUAGGUGUGACACUGUUAGCUAAAAGAUCCUUCAAAGUGCUGCCGUGGGACUUGCCAUAAUCAAGGAUAUAAAAUGCCAAGAUCAAGGGGAUCAGAUUUGCCUCAAAGGCAUUCACCUCGAGGUCCACAUCAACUUCGGACAUCGAGUUCCGACUCGGAUCCAUUGCAUCACCGGCCAAUCGCAGACCGCAGUCCAAAGCUAGGAGACCGGCGUUCGCCAAGAGGUGCUCAGUCUGAGGCACUGAAUCAGAAGAAGCUAGGAACACGCAUUGCAGAUUUGGAAUCGCAGCUAGGUCAAGCACAAGAAGAGUUGAAGAUGUUGAAGGACCAGCUUGCUUUGGCAGAAGCUGCGAAAAGAGAAGCUCAAGAUGAACUAGUCAAGAAAGCCGAGAAAUUAGAAGUGCCGGCCGUGACAGAGAAGUUCCAAGAAAAAUGCACAUCAAAGAAUCCUCUUCAAGAAUCUAACAACAAAACUGAAGCAACUAAGCUUCAGGAUGGUGUUAUACCAGAUGAAAAUCAAGAAGAGACUGAUGUUUUCGAAGUCCUCAUCGAAAAGGUAGCAAUUGAAGUUGCCAAACCUGAUCAAGUGCAAGUAGAAAAGGAAACUAAAUCACUUGAACAGGACUUAACUGCACCCGAAAUUUCGGAGCUGAACAAGCCUUCAGUGGAUGAACUGAUGAAACUAAAAGAUGAUGAGAUAGCAUUACUAAAGUCCAGUUUGGAGGAGAAAGUGAAGCAAUUGGAGACAGUGAAUAGUGAGAAUGAGAAUUUAAAAAACCAAUUGAACGAAACGGAUUCAAAAGUUUCGGCUGCUGCAACAAAGGAAGAAGAAAUGAAGCUUCAGCUGAACAAAUUGGGAGAAGAAUUGGAGGCUGGAAAGUCCAAUGCAGACAAGCUGAAUGAGAAGUUGACAACUACAGAAGCCGAGAAGGAGGUGUUGGAAUCAGAGAUGAAGAAGCUGAGGGUGCAAACAGAACAGUGGAGAAAAGCUGCAGAUGCGGCAGCUGCAGUGCUCGCAGGCGGCAUGGAUAUAAAUGGCAGGAUCCCUGAGAGGUGUGGCUCCAUGGACAAGCACUUUGGUGGCAAUUUUGAGACACCAGCCGGAAGGUACAAUGGAUAUGUUGGUUCUCCAGGUAUGGCUGAUGAAUUGGAUGAUGGUUUUGGAAGUGUAAAGAGGAAGGGUUCUGGGAUCAGAAUGUUUGGAGAUUUAUGGAAGAAAAAGGGCCAAAAGUGAAGUAGUGUUACUCUAAAGGCAGAAGCUGCAAAAACAGUUGCUUACUGUUUUGUGCAUAUAUUUCUGGUAUCUUGUUUAUUUGUGGAAUUAUUAAGGGAUGAGACUAUUGCAUAAGGAUAUGCAAGCAGUUAUUUAGUUAUGUGAACUUCUGAGAUGGGUUAGAUAUUUUCCUUGUUUUGUAAGCAGAUUCUCUAAUCUGCACUACUGCUAGUAGGUAGUAUCUUGUAUAACAUUCAACCGUUUUCAGUUCUCACUUCAGUGUGAUUCUUCUGAAGUCUCA